GACUCGGUAUUGGAGUUCAUCCGCGACACAUGACAACAAAAUAAUUCACUGAAUGAGGAUGCCAGCUCCGAUCAGACUGCGGGAGCUGAUCCGGACCAUCCGGACCGCUCGCACCCAGGCGGAGGAGCGGGAGAUGAUCCAGAAGGAGUGCGCCGCCAUCCGGUCCUCCUUCCGGGAGGAGGACAACACGUACCGCUGCCGAAACGUCGCCAAGCUCCUGUACAUGCACAUGCUGGGGUACCCCGCGCACUUCGGCCAGUUGGAGUGCCUGAAACUCAUCGCCUCUCAGAAGUUCACGGACAAGCGGAUAGGCUACCUGGGCGCCAUGCUCCUGCUCGACGAGAGGCAGGACGUCCACCUGCUCAUGACAAACUGCAUCAAGAAUGAUCUGAACCACAGCACGCAGUAUGUGCAGGGCCUGGCCCUCUGCACGCUGGGCUGCAUGGGCUCGUCGGAGAUGUGCCGGGACCUGGCCGGCGAGGUGGAGAAGCUGCUCAAAACCUCCAACUCCUACCUGAGAAAAAAGGCAGCUCUGUGUGCCGUGCACGUGAUCAGGAAGGUCCCGGAGCUGAUGGAGAUGUUCCUCCCGGCCACCAAGAACCUGCUGAGUGAGAAGAACCAUGGUGAGAUGUUACUCAGAAUCCUGGGCCGGAGCGAUGACGACUCCAGUGAAGCGAUGAACGACAUCCUCGCCCAGGUGGCGACCAACACGGAGACGAGUAAAAACGUGGGCAACGCGAUUCUUUACGAGACCGUCCUCACCAUCAUGGACAUCAAGUCAGAGAGCGGACUGAGGGUUUUAGCAAUUAACAUUUUGGGGCGCUUCCUCCUAAACAACGACAAAAAUAUUAGGUAUGUGGCAUUGACCUCCUUGCUGAAGACGGUACAGACGGACCACAAUGCAGUGCAGAGGCAUCGGAGCACGAUCGUAGACUGUUUGAAAGACCUGGACGUUUCCAUCAAGAGGCGUGCGAUGGAGCUGAGCUUCGCGCUGGUGAACGGGAACAACAUCCGAGGCAUGAUGAAGGAGCUGCUGUACUUCCUGGACUCCUGCGACCCAGAAUUCAAAGCGGACUGCGCGUCGGGCGUCUUCCUCGCCGCAGAGAAGUAUGCCCCCUCAAAGCGAUGGCACAUAGACACCAUUAUGAGGGUCCUAACAACGGCGGGGAGCUACGUGCGGGACGACUCAGUUCCCAACCUCAUCCAGCUCAUCACCAACAGUGUGGAGAUGCACGCCUACACUGUGCAGAGGCUUUACAAAGCACUGCUGGACGACAUCUCUCAGCAACCUCUGGUGCAGGUGUCGUCCUGGUGCAUAGGGGAGUACGGGGACCUGCUGGUGUCGGGGCAGUGUGAGGAGGAGGAGCCCAUCCAGGUAACGGAAGACGAGGUCCUGGACGUGCUGGAAGGACUGCUGGUGUCCAACCUGUCCUCCGCCGUGACCCGGGGUUACGCCCUCACCGCCAUCAUGAAGCUGUCCACUCGUUUCAGCAGCAUCAACCGCAUUAAGAAGGUGGUGUCCAUAUACGGCAGCAGCAUCGACGUGGAGCUGCAGCAGCGCGCCGUGGAGUACAACGCGCUGUUCAAGAAGUACGAUCACAUGAGGCCGGCCUUGCUGGAGCGCAUGCCUGUGAUGGAGAAGAGCGCCACUAACGGCCCCACGGAGAUCGCCCAGACCAACGGCGAGGCAGAGCCCUCUGCCCUGGAGCCCAAGAACCUGCCCGCCGUCACCCAGCCCGCUAGUCAGGCUAACGAUCUAUUAGACCUCCUGGGAGGAAAUGAUGUCGUGCCUGUGAUCCAGACCGCCCCGCCCACAAAGCCGGCAUCUGCUGGAGGAGAGCUUCUGGACCUGCUGGGAGAUCUCUCUCUAUCAGCCCCUGCCCCUGCACCGGCCCCUCCCGCAUCCCUCCCUCAGCCCGCCUUCCUGCUGGACAGCCUCACUGCCCCGCCCCUCUUUAAUGACAUCACUGCAGCUAUUCCACCAAUGACGGCGUACAACAAGAACGGGCUGAAGAUCGAGUUCACGUUCGAGAGGGCCAACCCCAACCCCAACGUCGCCGUGAUCACCAUCCACGCCUCCAACGGCACGGAGGCCGAGAUGACCGACUUUGUGUUCCAGGCGGCGGUACCAAAGACGUUCCAGCUGCAGCUCCUCUCCCCCAGCAGUAACAUCAUUCCGCCGCUCAACCAGGGCACGGUCACGCAGGUCAUCAAAGUGCUCAACCCACAGAAGCAACAACUGCGAAUGAGGGUCAAGCUCACAUACAACCACAAAGGCUCUUCAGUGCAAGAUCUGUCCGAGGUCAACAAUUUCCCCCCCCAGUCCUGGCAGUGAUGGCCUGCACCCCCCCCCCCCUCUCUCUCCCUCUCCCCCACUCUGCAAGGGAACUAUGGGGGAGGCACCACCACUACUCCCUACACACACACCCCCCCCCCCCCCCCCAAACCCCCUGCCCCCUCUCCCUGUGACAUCACUGCAGACUGCUACACUGGGGUCGCCAGGGAAACAAAGGAAUCUUUCUGACACGCAGCGAUGAUGCGGUGGCCACGACGACGACGUCGCCGACGGCGACCGUGACUACGACGACGUCAGCAGAAAUUGGAAACAUAUCCAUUCUUUUUUUUUUUUUUUUUGGUUGAUUUUCUUCAUCACUGUCUCUGCUCGCAAUAGGCACUGCUUUUGUCACACCCCCCCUCCUUUUGCACGUGCACUCGACACAUUCUCUUUCUCCCCCCCCCCCCCCCCCCACAUGGGAAGUUAACCCCUCUGGGCCACCGUAGAAAGACGCCCUCUGCCCCCCUGAUAGACAUCAGCAGCCAGCCC